GGGCGGCAGCAAUCUAAUUGUUGAGCCUCAACACACAUUGUUAUGUUUCAACAAUAUUCUUCCACUUCUUCUUCUUCAUCCGAACCAACCAAUUACCAUCUCAGGAGUUCCAGAGAUGUGAUGAGAGGAUUCGCUUCUCAGCAGCCACCGGCUGCGACGGCGGCGGCCAUUUUCCAGUCGCCGCCUUUCUCCGGACAGCUCAUUAACCACCAAUCACUUCCUCCUCUUCACUACUUCUCAUCACCACCUCCAUAUAAUCAGCAGCCGCCACUCCUCCCUCUUCCUGUUUUGGGCCCCCAGACCCGGACUCUUUCUUGCCCGCAGCCCACCACCAAUAACUCCACCAAAAGGAAGCCCAAGAAAAAACACAACAAAAACCCACGACAAGAAAAUGUCAAGGCUCAAGCCGCCGCCGUAGUACCGCCAAAACGCCGUCAGGUUCCGCCCGACGAUGGCGACGGCGUUUCUGAUCAUUAUCUCCGAUACGACGUCGUAUCUCCUCAUCCGAGCAGUUUGCCUUUGCCCACAUUCUCAAUGAGGCCACCACCACCAGGAUGCAUAAGUUAAGGUUAUUAGAUGCUCCGGCCCGGCGGCGGCGGCGGUUUCCGUUCCGGUCGUGCAUAAUAAUUUGUGGAAUAUAAUAUGUUUUGAAUUUUCUGCAUAUUUUUAAUGUGUUUGUAGUAAAUCAAAGAUGGAGUUGGGUGACUUCAAGUCGUAUCAGCCGGCCAAAGCCACUGUACCGAUAUAUUUUUUCAUUUUGGGAGGAUUGGCUGGUCGGUGCAUUUGUUUUUUUCUGCAAAUGGUCGGUGCAUAUAUGUUGGAGUAUUAAUUAAAUGAUUGUUACAUGAAUUAUACGUUGUCCGAUAGUACUUUUUCUCAAGCACAAUUUAUGGAUAUGCUGUUUUUCUCAAAGG